AGAGAGAGAGAGAGAGAGAGAGAAUCGACCAGGAUCAGUCAAAAAAAGCGACCAUAGUAUGCGAAGAACGACAAGUGUCCUUGACUUGGAAGAAUAAGAUUAUUACGAUUCUUUAAGGAAGAGAAAGUAGAAUAAGAAGACUGAAAAAGAUCAAGAUCGAUAUUCAGCAGGUUGGUGGAGAUUCGGCGAAUCGUAAAGAGGUGGGAUCGCGAAGCUCGAUCGUGCGUGUGCCUUGCGUGUAUUCGAAGGGAGCGCGAAUGGCCGAGAAAACGAGCAGGGUGUACCCGAUUACGGCGGUCCAGCGUGACGGUCAGAUCGAUCCCGAAGCACCGGCACCGGAUCGUUGGUAAUGGGGGGUUUAGGCGAGGAUGCCUUCUUCUCGUCGUCGUCAUCGUCAUCGUCGUCGUCGUCACCGUCGUUGCACGCUGUCGUCGCGUUAUCGUCGCGUCCGCGUUUUUGUCGUCGUCGCCGUCGUCAUCGCAGUCUCGCCUCUCAGCUGUCUGAGCCAAGGAAAGCUCUCACCGCGGAUAGGCACCUUCUGGGAUCCUUUCUCCUUACGGUCUUCGUCCUUCUUUUCCGUAGCAGCGAGAAAAAGAAGACUGCUAAGACGGAGACAAAGAGGAUCGGUAGCAUCGAUAGUAGCGAUAGUAGCGAAAGCGGGACCGUUCGUAGUCAUAGAAUCUUCGCCUCGGAGAGAAAAAAGAAGGAAGGAGAUAAGGUGCUCCUUGGAUCGGCCGCUCGAGAGGGAGAGGAAAAGAGAGGAAAGUGGAGGAGGUGGUGGGGGAGGAGGAGGUGACUCGCCGCCGAGAUGCACCAGGUGCCGUACGGAGUGGGACUCACCUCGAACGAAGGUCGAAUCGCCAAGUUCGGAGAGGAGAGCCAAUGUUGCCGGCGAUGGCACCAUCACCAACAACGGCAACGGCAACGGCAUCAACAACAAUACCAACAUCGGCAACAGCAACAACAACGAUCUCGUUGCCGGCCUCGUCAACGGGACAAAGGUGACAACGCCGACGUUUGCGAACGACCGAGUCGAGUCUUCGAGUAUACCGAAAGAAGAGACGAAAGUACACGACGCCUACACGUGCGAUCGCCUAAACUGUUCUCCGGAUACGGAGGCGGACUCCUGAUACCUUCCAAUUUGCUUAUUAUCGGACUGUUCCUCUGUUACCUGACCUUACCACCCGUCCAACCGAGACAGAAUCAUCAUCAAACCUGUCCUGGCUGUCCUCAUCAGCAGCAGCAACAUCAGCACCUUCACGAGAUCCAUCGAGGUGGCAGCAAGCAUGGAACUGCGCCGAGUCCCGAUGACCUCAGAUUGGAAGCUAUCAAACAUCAGAUAUUAACGAAAUUGGGAUUAAGGACGCGGCCCGACGUGAACAGGACCUUGGCUGCUGUCCCGAGACACCUCGCUUUGGAGACUCUAUACCGAGCCGAAGCUCAAGCAUCGCCGCAGUAUCCAGAGAGAACGCGGAACGAUCACGGAGCUGAAUACUCCGGUGAAUUUCUUUACGGUGGCGACGAGUAUUCUUACAAGAAUCUCGAUCAGCAAAACGAGGAGACGACAACGGAUGGUAAUUCCAAGACCACCACGCCCUAUCAGGGAUACGGGGAUUACGACACUAGGCCGGGACACGAACCUCAGGAGGAGAUGGAUGAUUUUUACGCGAGAACAUCGGAGAUUAUCACUUUUGCCGAACCCGGGCGUACGCUAAACGGACAACCAUUACUGGAAUUUCCAAUGUCCAGCGGCGAACCGGCAUUAGAACCUCUCAGGAUCAAACGGGCAACCCUUUGGACACGAGUAGAAUUCAGACAAGCCCAUCACUAUCAACAUCAUCGUCAGGGUCAAAGCAAUCAAAGGAACAUCACUCUCUGGGUAUUUAGGGUGCGUUGCGGCAACACAACGCAUUUGCGCGGCAAGGAACUCGGGGAGCAUCUCGAAAUGGUGACGUUCCUAGGCGUAAACGUUGGUCAAUUGGGCUGGCAGAAGUUCGACGUAACAAAGGUCGUCAGCAAUUGGUACACAGCGAACACGAAUUCACCGAGGGAUAAACUGACGCUCUUGGUGGAUUGCACAGGAUGCGGCACGCACGUUCACGUGUCGACCUUUGGCGGACACUCACCGCACGUGAUCGAGUCCUCGUUAAAUCCAAAAGGUGCUCAAGAUCCAGAUAGGCCUUUCCUCGUUGUACGUACGGAUCCCGCAGCUGUGAAACGCGUAAGAAGACGAGCGAUCGAAUGCAGCGGCGCGAUAAAGGGCCAAUGCUGCAAACAGAGAUUCUACGUGAGCUUUUCUCAGCUCGGAUGGGAUGAUUGGAUAAUCGCUCCUCAAGGAUAUUACGCGAAUUACUGCAGAGGCGACUGCGCGGCGGGUCACAGAACGCCGGACACGUUCCUAAACUAUUACACGCACGUGAUCGAAGAGUACAGGAAGAUGGAUCGGCUCGCCGGUAUGCAACCGUGUUGUGCACCCCUCAAGUUUUCGCCGAUGUCGUUAAUAUACUAUGGACCAGACUCAAACAUCAUCAAGAGGGAUCUCCCAAAGAUGGUGGUCGACGAGUGUGGCUGCCCUUAAUUCAAAUCUCCGAUUUAAGAAAGAAGGAAGAAAAGAAAGGAAUAAUAAAAAAUAAAGAAAGAAAUCGGCACCUCCCCUGCGAAAGAUCCUCCUCCUGCUCUUUAUCGCGAUUUAUUCGAGAGCCUUCAACCACGAGGGAUUUUGUUUGGAACUUCCUACGUUCUCCGAUUUCAACCAUCGAGAUUCCUCGAAAAAUUUUCGAGAAGAAUCGAGAGGAAUCGAAACGAGCGAGCGCGAUCGAGAUUUCGCCGAAGUCAAUAAAAUUGUUCUCGAAAAUGCGAUCGUGCUCGCUAUUAGAGAGCAUAAUGAAGAGCGAGGAGGAGUGAAAAUGAGAGGAAGGAGAAGUUAGAGGAGGACGAAACGAAACGGAAUGGA